AUGGAAGACCAAGCCGAGGCAUAUGAGGAGCAGAAUGUACACGAGGUAUACCAGCAAAUUGCGGGACACUUUUCAGCCACGCGCUACAAGCCAUGGCCAAUUGUUGAGCAAUUUCUCCAGAGUAUACCAGCUGGAUCCGUUGGACUGGAUGUUGGCUGUGGCAAUGGCAAGAAUCUCCAAGUGAACCGGGAUGUGUUCAUAGUAGCCUCUGAUCGCUCCGAAAACCUGGCCAAAAUAGCAGCCCAGCAUCAACCCCAUUCGGCGGUGGUGGCCGAUAUCCUCCACCUCCCGCACCGGGAUGCAUCCUUCGACUUCGCCGUCUGCAUCGCUGUGGUACACCACAUGUCCACCCCAGCACGACGGGUCCAAGCCAUCGCAGAGAUUCUGCGAACCAUGAAGCGCAGAUCAGGGACGGAGCCAGGCGGGCGAAUCCUGGUCUAUGCAUGGGCGCUCGAGCAGAAGAAUAGUCGUCGAGGCUGGGACAAGGGAGAUUCGCAAGAUCUCAUGGUGCCGUGGGUGCGGAGAGCCAAGCCUGGAUCCGGUGAAGAGGAUCAAACCUUCCGCCGCUACUAUCAUCUGUACGAGAGCGGGGAACUGGAGCGUGAUAUCGAGCAAGCUGGAGGAGUGGUUGUGGAGUCGGGGUAUGAGAAAGACAAUUGGUGGGCGAUUGCAACGCCCAAGCACGAUUCAUGA